GUUCCAAUUUAGAACGUACCGAGGUUGAUUACGACAUGUACCUCGCGUUGCCGUGUGUUUAUUGAACUUGCUACCAAAACCUACCUAAAUCAACUACCUAUUGAUAAUUCAAUUCCGUUCAUUCCCCAUUCCCAACACACUCUUCAAUAGCUAGAAACGGCCCUGCUACGAUUAAAUCAAUUCCCCCUCCUCGCCGUCGCCAACCAUGGCCGAUCCAAAACAAAAGAUCCCGUCGUGGCAGCACGCCCAAUACGAGGCGACAAAAGAGGCCCCCGAAACCAGCGAAUCUCAAGAGGACGUCACAGUCGCAGCCGAUAAGACGGAUGCCGUCACCUUGGACCAAGUCCGAAAGUUCCUCAAGGACGACACUGUCCGGAACUCGAGCGUAGAGAAGAAGCGGGAGUUCCUCAAGGGCAAGGGGCUCGACGACGCCCAGAUCCAGCAGCUGCUGGAUGAGAUCGACGAGCAAGAUGCUGCGCAGUCUACUUCUUCUUUGUCUUCUCCGAUCAACACACCUACGAGUAGCAUGUCCUCCCUCAACGACGACAAUGAGCAAACAAGCGAGAAGGAAGUCGUGGAAGAAAGCACAGAUAGAUAUAUCGAGAGAGCUGUCCAACCAACUUCGUCCUCAGCAGCAAACAACAAUAAUAACAACAACAAUAACAGCAACGUAGCCCCCAUCAUAACAUACCCCGAAUUCCUCACCGCCCCGCCCAAGCCCGAACCCCUCAUCACCCCCUCGCGCCUGGGCAACAUCCUCGCCGUCACGGGGGGCAUAUGGACGCUUCUCUACGGCGUCUCGCGCUUCGGCGUGAACCCGAUGGUAAACGCGCUCAACGACUCGCGCGCCGACUACUUCGCGCACGUCGGCUCGCGGCUCUCGCGGCUCGUCGAGAAGCUCGAGGACACCGUCAGCGAGGUCCCUUACCAUAACAACAACGGCAAGCCCUUGCUGUCGUCUCGGUUGAGAGGAAACGACGGAAAGGAGCGGGGAGAGGAAGGAGACGACGAUGACGAGAGCACGUUCAGCGACCCCACCGAGAUGUUCCACAGGGACGUCGGCACCCAGACCUCCCCCGUCAUGCAGACCGCCGAGUUCGGCUCCAGCACGAGCAGCCUCGCGGACCGGCCGAUCGACGCGCAGGCGCGGCGACUAACGGCCCUGCGCGCGUCCCUGCGCGAGAUGAGCGACAUGCACGUGCGGCACGCCGAGGGCGCCGCGGACCUGAACGCCCUGCUGCGGGAGGUCCGCGACGAGGUGGACAAGCUGGGGGUCCCGCCCAUGCUGGACUUCUCGGCCGUGUACGGCGGGUUCGGGUACGGCCGUAACAGCGGCAGCGGGGAGGUCAACGACGAGGUGAAGAAGACCAAGGACGCGAUCCGCAGCGUCAAGGGCAUGUUCCUGAGCUCGCGGAGCUUCCCUACCACGACGGCGCGCUAGGAGACGAGUCCCGUGCGCGUAGGUGAACGGAACAAGGACGGUGAGAGGUCUGUGGUCACUAAGAGGAGAAAGGUGACGGUGAAGGAGAAGAAGGAAGAGAGGAGGGAGAGGACGAAGGAGAAGGCGAAGGGGAAGGCGAAGGGGAAGGAAGAGAUGGAGUGAUAUGUCACCACAGGACGAUGCUAAGACCAAGGCUAUCCCAGAAAUUGGUCAUCCCCCCGGAGCCCGCCCGCGCGGCAUCCGUAUCUGAACCGCGGCUCACCACGCCGUCGCGAAGAGAAUACUAGGUGUGGUGAGGGCUUCCCGCGGAUGCUUAAGAUGCGAGGUCGACGACCGGCGUCUCACCAGCUCGUUAUG